AUGGCCAAUUCAGAUUCAGCUCCUAACACCUCCAUUUCCGCCACGUCUGCAAUAACACCCUCUGCUACCAUCGUAAACAUCUAUAUUUCCAGCGAACUCGUCUUACUUUCUUCCUUUUAUCUAUUUUCUUACGUUAUUUGUAUUUUUGAUUCAUUCUUUUCCAAUCUUUUUUGCUUUCUUUUCUUCAUUGUUAAAUCGAUUCCUGUUUUAAGUAAUUUUUGUUUACUCAUUCAUUCGAGGGGGAUAUUUAAUUAUGUCUUUUUUCUUUUUUCUUUCUUUGGCUUUACCCUUUUCUCUCACUUUUCCCUUUUAUUUUCUUUCUUUGUUUUUUUUCUUUAUUUCCUCACUUUCAUUUUCUUUCUUUCUUUGUUGCUUUCUUUCUUUCUUUGGCUUUCCCAUUUUCUAUCACAUUUCACUUUUAUUUUCUUUCUUUUUUUUCUUUUUUCCCCUCACUUUCAUUUUCUUUCUUUCUUUGUUUAUUUCUUUCUUUCUUGCUUUCUUUCUUUCUUUCUUUGGCUUUACCCUUUUCUCUCACUUUUCACUUUUAUUUUCUUUCUUGCUUUCUUUCUAUCUUUCUUUCUUUCUUUCUUUCUUUCUUUCUUUCUUUCUUUCUUUCUUUCUCAAACUCCUUCCCUUUUUAAACUUUUUGGUUUAGAUUUUAACAUUUAUUUUACUUAUUCAUUUCUUCGCUUCUUUUUUCUCUCUUUCUCUUUCAUUUUUUUCUUCGUUAACUUCUUUCUUUCUUUCAUUCUUUCUUUUUUCUUUCUUUCUCAAACCGAUUCCUCCUUAAAAUUUAUGCAAGGAAUUUUUAUCUAUCUAUCUAUCUAUCUAUCUAUCUAUCUAUCUAUCUAUCUAUCUAUCUAUCUCAUUCGCUCCCUUAUCUAUCUAUCUAUCUAUCUAUCUAUCUAUCUAUCUAUCUAUCUAUCUAUCUAUCUAUCUAUCUAUCUAUCUCAUUCGCUUCCUUAUCUAUCUAUCUAUCUAUCUAUCUAUCUAUCUAUCUAUCUCAUUCUAUCUUCUAUCUAUCUAUCUAUCUAUCUAUCUAUCUAUCUAUCUAUCUAUCUCAUUCUCUUCUCUAUCUAUCUAUCUAUCUAUCUAUCUAUCUAUCAAUCUAUCUCUCAUUCGCUUCCUUAUCUAUCUAUCUAUCUAUCUAUCUAUCUAUCUAUCUAUUCCUUAUAUUUUUUCAUCUAUCUAUCUAUCUAUCUAUCUAUCUAUCUAUCUAUCUAUCUAUCUAUCCGAGUGGUUAGAACAUUCGGAUUUCUUGAUGUUACCGGUCUGGUGAAUUUUUAUCUAUCUAUCUAUCUAUCUAUCUAUCUAUCAAUCUAUCAAUCCGAGUGGUUAGAACAUUCGGUCGAUUUGAGAUUUCUUGAUGUUACCGGUGUGGUGAAUUUUUAUCUAUCUAUCUAUCUAUCUAUCUAUCCGAGUGUCGAUUUGAGAUUUCUUGAUGUUACCGGUCUGGUGAAUUUUUAUCUAUCUAUCUAUCUAUCUAUCUAUCUAUCUAUCUAUCUAUCAAUCCGAGUGGUUAGAACAUUCGGAUUUCUUGAUGUUACCGGUGUGGUGAAUUUUUAUCUAUCUAUCUAUCUAUCUAUCUAUCCGAGUGCUUCCUUAUCUAUCUAUCUAUCUAUCUAUCUAUCUAUCUAUCUAUCUAUCUAUCUAUCUCCUCCUCUUCCUUAUCUAUCUAUCUAUCUAUCUAUCUAUCUAUCUAUCUAUCUAUAUCUAUCUAACAAAUAA